CGAGAAUUUAUUAAUUGGAAUUCGCCAUGUUCCUUCAUUCGGUGAAGUUCACAUUUUGGAGUUUGGGUAAUUCUCGAUACCUGAAAAUCCAUCUCGUACUUUACUUCGAAAAUGUCCAACACAGCGCCCGAUAUUGGCGGUAAAGAUUUACCCGACCGAGGCCAAUGCAUCAGCAAAAGGAUAAUCUCGCGGGGGAGUACAGGCUAAGGUCCCUUUCACAUAAAAAUCGAAUACAUUGCUCAGAACGUGGCAUGCAGAAGUGCUUCAAGGGCUUGGGCUAUUCCGUACCUCUUUCAAACUAUCUUGGAAGCAGCUCACGAAAUAACUUAAAUAUACAAUAAUGUCAGCGCCGCCUGCAUGCUUGAACAGCAGAAUGAACACGAAAACAUUGUUAGAGGCUUUACCAGGAGAGAUUUUUUGCCUGAUCCUGGAUCAUCUUCACCUCCCAGCGGUAAAAGAGAUUUCGCGCGUGAGCAAGCUUCUCAGAGAGCGAUGUUUGCCAUUUAUCUUUGGCGAUGUCAUUCUGGACUUUACAGAAGAGAGCUUUGCCCGCUUGGACAAUGUCAGAGAAUCCCGAUUAUGCCAUUUUGUCACAUCUCUAGGGUUUGAGUUAGGCAGAGCCAAAGCAGUGCAUUACGCCACCAGCUUUCCCAAUCUUGGGCCAGUGAGCACCGCCGGGGACGUGGUAAAACCCGCGGAGAGCAUGCAUAUCACAUUCCCUAAUGCGGCCCUCUGGGUUGCGAAUCAGUCCAGCAUCGGCGACGCCGACAUGCAGCGAGCCAUCAAUUUUCUAGUGUCUUUCCCUCGGUUACGGAAAGUAACAAUCCGUAUCCAGGAACAGAAUGACGCAAGCGUACCACUGCAAGAUCCACUAGGUUUAUACACGCUAUGUCAGGACAGGAAGUACAAUGUGACUCAGGUCUGUACCCUUGCCAGGGGUAUCAGCAGCUCCAGGCAGCAAGGUCUCGACUUGAGAGGCAUUUGCCUUUCCAACCUAUUUUACCCCGCUUUCUCGACCAAUAGUGAGCGCAGCGAGCUGGCAGAGUGCCUUGAGCAUCUUCUCCGGGAUAUUCCGUCCAUACAGGUUGCUGGCGAUGGCUUUCCAAUCGAACUUCUCUGUCGGCGCAGCAUCGGUCUCCAACAGCUCGACUUGAAAUCUCUUGGGGUAUCAUUUGGCACGCUGAAAAGCUUCCUUCACACUAACUCUCAAUCUGUCCGUAUCUUGGAAAUGUUUGAUGUGGUUCUCGCUCAGAUGCCUGAUUGCGGACCAAAUUCUCUGCCAAUGCAGCAACUUUUAACGAGAGGUUAGAGCAGCCGGCUUUGUUCAAGGGUUCUCAUUCGCUGCGCUAGUGCAGUGAACACAAUAUUCCCCACAGCUCAUUCGCUCGAACGAUGUAGGCUAUAAGACUUGAACAGUUAUUGGCUCGCCUCAUUGGGGUCUAGUCGAGAGCAAGUUGACUACGAGGCGUGGCCUCUUUAGUAGUACCCUUGUCUU